AUGAUAUGCGUAGAGUGCUCGUUACCGAUUAAAACGCUCUACGAAACGUACAAGGGAGACCACAUUCGACUGACAAUAUGUCCCUCGUGCAAUAAGGUUGCUGACAGAUAUAUUGAGUUCGACAAAGUUCUGGUGUUCAUUGAUCUUAUGCUUCUCAAGCCCCAGGCAUAUAAACAUACCAUCUACAAUCAGUCAUUAAACUCCGGCGCAGAGGUCAAAGUGGAACAUGAACAUGAUUCGCCCGAACCAAAACACCAGGAAAAAACAUUCAUCCAAAGAUAUGGGCCUUGUCUGCGUCUGUUGGUGUUAAUGCUCUUGUUUGAAGUGUAUUUGACAUGGGCCUAUGAAGAAAAGAAUUUCAUUAAAAACGUCUUCAAGACCUCGUUGAUGAACAAGACGGUAUUGGAGAACCCGCGGAUCAUCAUCCAGUACUUUUUCUUCCUCACAAAAGCCGUCCUGGACACGCUGGUGCUGCAUGUUUCGAUCCAGUUUUUCACUUACCAAUUUCUGGGGUUCGGACACCCCACGACAGUCGAGUUCGAAGAGUCACUUUCGCCGUCUUCCUCGAAAAUUCUCAGUUUUAACGACAUCCCACGCCUUGCUAGGUCUCCAUCAUCCUCGUCGUCCUCGUCGAACGUGGUGGUUUCUGAGAAAGUUUCGUAUUCCAGAGAUUACUUCAUUAGCAUCGUCUCCACCACCAUUCUUCUCUCCAACCUCAUCAAGGUUUUCCCAAUCGUCAUGCUCAUUUGGCCGUACGAUAUAUUCAUCCUCAACGUCACGUCCAACCUCGUGCAAAUUAUCCAUCUGGUCAUCCUCAUAGAAGUGCUCCAUAUUGUGCUUCUGGAGAACGAAAAUAACCAGUAUUGGAAACUCACGUUGAUAGUACUCGCCAGCCAGACCCUCAAGUUCGUCACCACGCGGCUCAUACUCGUGUCGGUAUUCCGGUUCACAUCCAACCUCGCUUUCAAAACAGCCAUUCUGGACGAACUCAACCAGCUCCGCUUAAAACUGCAUCUCGUCCACGAACUGUUCAAUUACAUCGGAUUAUGA